AUGUCUACAAAGAUAACCAGACAUAUCCUGCUGCAGAAUCUAAGCCCAUCAAGGAAUAUUUAUGGUCUAUGGCGACGCACUCAGAUCUGGGAACUAUCCCUCGCACCCUUUCAAGAAAAAAAGCGUUAUUCAUCACGGAAUUUAUUCACUCCCACUCAAGAUGUGAAGAGUAUGUGUGGAAGAAAUCAUGUUCAACUUAGAAACUCGCAGCUUGAUACUCGACAUGAGAUGUGCAUGUCAUCCUGUGUAGAUUCAUUACUUCACUCAAAAACUUUAGCAGAAGAGCCCAUUCAUAAUAUCAAAAAAAAGAUAUCAAGAAAAACGAUUUUAAAUAGCAGAAAGACUUACAGAGGAUAUGAAAGAAGGAGCAAAAGCUCAGCAUCAAACCAUGGAAACAGGCCAAAACCUCAGUGUGGGCACUCCUGUAAUAGAAUCCCACCUAAUCCAAAGGUUCAGACUAUUAUCCUACGUGCCACCCAAAUUAGUCAGAUUCACAAUACUCGAAUUUCAAAAAUGGCUCAUCGUCCUUCAAAAGAAGAGCUUCUCUCGGCCGCCACAGGAUUCUGGUCCCGUCUAAAGAUUCGGUUCAAAUGGUUUUCCAUAAGAAGUGUUGGGCCCUGGAACGUCGAUGAUUGGAGUGCGUUCGUUUCAUGGUUUGUUCUGGGGAAUAUAGUCUGGAUUCUAGUCGGAACAACUACUUUCUUUUCCCUAGUUAUUCUCUCAAUCAACACCGUAGUUGCGCAAGAAACUCUAGCGAGGUGGAUUGGGGAUUACCUAACACAUUCUUCAGGAAUAAAAGUUGUUUUUGAGUCUGCCGUUGUACCAAAGUGGAAAGAUGGAGUGAUUACAUUUCAUAAUGUAUUUGUAUCUCGAAGGCCAGGGCUUGGUAAAACUAAAGUAAUCAAAGGAUCUUCUGUGUCGGCAGCUGUUGCUGCAGCUGAGAGACACGCUGACUCUACAGGCCGAAAGGAAGAAGAGGAGGAUAUAAACUAUACGCAGUUUGACUUGACCGUUGCGACAAUUAACGUUACGCUUUCAUUCAUUAAAUGGUGGAAUGGAAAAGGACUAUUGCGAGACGUGGAAAUAAAGGGGGUUCGAGGCAUCGUUGACCGAACCUCUGUAAAUUGGGGAGAUGAUUACGUUGACCCACGAACCUAUCUUCAUGAGCAUAACCCUGGCGAUUUUGAGAUUGAUUCAUUUAAGAUGGAAGAUCUUUUAAUUACUGUAUAUCAGUCAAGUGGGUUCCGGCCAUUUUCUAUCAGUAUAUUUUCGUGUGAUCUAUCAAAACUACGAAAGCAAUGGCUCUUUUAUGACUUUCUCUCAGCUAAUCACAUGUCCGGAGCAUUCGAUGGAUCUUUAUUCAAUAUUCACCCACGCCAAAUUCACGGUCUCGUAGGAAGCUAUCAUGAAGAACAGAAAGAGUACGAAAGCAAUUUGUGGAAAAAGCAGAGUCGCCUACGGAUUGAUGGCUUAAAAAUCGAUCACCUCAACCGAGGAGUGGCAGGACCUUUUGGUUGGAUUCACGAAGGCAACGUUGACAUCGUGGCAGAUAUCUUAUUUCCGGCCGACGUUGAUGAAAGUAUUGCGAAAGUUGUAUCAGAUCUUUACGAUCGAAUGGAGGCAACGGUAGCAGCGCAUCGCUACCUUCAAGUUCCUGAAGGAAGCUCACAUGCCGUAGAUGUGCAUUCCUCUGAAGAACCAGAUAUUUACUCUGAGAGACUUAAGGCUGAGGAGAAACGACGUUUUACAGUAAUGGAAUUAAAGGUUCAUCUUAACGAUGUGAAAGCUGCUGUACCACUUUUUACUCGAGAUCUUUCUUACAUAAACCAAGCUCUCAUUCGUCCGAUUGUCGCAUAUAUCAACAAUAAGAGAACAUUCAUACCAAUAUAUUGCCGAAUUGUGAAGUAUGUCAGUGAGUUUGAUGGUAGCUGGACGAUUUAUGAUAGCGGCUUGAUGGAAGACCUAUCAGCUGAGACAUAUGAAGCUUUUGCAAAAGAUGUUGUUGAUAGCCAAGCACGAAUGCGACGGUUGAAAAAAGUGGGAUUUUGGUCUAUUUCUCUUGCCAUACAGGCUCUCUUUAUGGGCUUGGCUGGGAAUGUUGCGUAA